AUGGGCCCAUGGGGAACAUUAUGUACAGUACAAACGAGCGAUGAAGACACUGGUAACUUUGGCACGCCAUCCAGCUCGUGCAUGCCAUUGAAAAAGGGCGAAGCAUGUCAGCCAAUCACAAGUCUUGAAGCCAAGCACUUGAUCGAUCAGAAAACCAGUGUGAGGUGUUUUCAGCCAAUGGCAGCGGAGCUUUUGGCUUCGGUGCCUCGCUGCCAAUGCAGUCGAGACGACGUCGUUUAUCUCACACUGUAUGGGGCUCGCUUCCAAGACGGAUUCCUCCACCUUGGGCGUAAUAUGGACUGGGCAAACGAAACUGAGGAGCUCGCUGAUGAGUUAUGGAAUUGCAGUUUCUCACCUGAUUGUGACGAAAUCGGGUGUCCGACUGUUCAAACUAGUGUCGAUUGUUGUCCGCAACUUGGAAAGCAGGCGACAUUACGAUCGAUUUUGCAUCACUCGCUUCAAAUGUUCUAUACGACUGACGUUGGGAUUAUUUGUCCGGAACGUGUAUAUGAUGGUUCGAUUUUAGGAACUGCCGCUUUGGCAAUGGAAAUUUUGUCUCUGUUCACCCACCAGAACAACACAACCUGCCUACUGCUCUUACGCACGAACAGCGGCCACCAUUGGUUUGGAAUGCUUUUUGAAAUGAGUGGCGACGGACAACUCACAGGUUACUACUAUGUAGAUGGGGUCUCAGGACGGCACAAGCUGCCAGUUCGAUUGCUUGCUUUCCUCUCCGACUUAAUCCAAUUGGUAUAUCAGAACAUUACGAUUAAUUUUGUGCCACACAAUGACAACUAUGCGCGACAAAUUCUUCAGUGGAACCAGCAUUCGCCAGGAUGUAGUCUGGAUGUGAUUCUACACCUGGUAUACAUGCUUCUCUGUUGUCGUUUCCAUGAUGACAUUGCGAGGAGUUCACUGUUAGACUUGUACGAAGACAUUCCACGGAUGUUGCUCAAUACCACUGAAGAAGACCAACCGUCCAUGGACUAUGCUCAAACAGCUACUAGCGACAUUGAAUACAGCAGGCAGACAGAGGAAAACAUCCUGUACACGACAAGUUUGAACAAGCGUGUCAGUAAGCUACUCAAAGACGUACAGAAAGCGUCAAAAAGAGUUGGUCCAAAGGACACUUCAGUCGCCGUUGCAUAUCUAGUCAGCGUUAUGGAAUUUGACGAAUCUCUUCGUUUUCAUGCAUUCAGGCUACUUUCAUAUGUCCUACCUUUCGGCUACUCAGCGAACCGUUACUACGCUUUUGAUCACAAAACCAUACUCAACUAUUUCUCCGGCAAUCCACCAAGCACACGCGACUUGGCUCUUUUCAUUGCAAAAGACAAAACGAUCGAUUUAUCGGGCAUAGUCGACCGGCUGUUGCGUAGCAUUUCAACCUGUCCGUAUGCAAUCGAAGAAGCCGCAAUUCUCGGAGAAUUGGCGUCAAUUCCAAGCGUCCAGACACACCUUACGAGCUCAGACUUUGAGUUGUUUUUGUUACACUUAGCCCAUAGAACCGAUGAACUCAGUGUACGGAAAUGUUUGCUGGCCGCUUUCGAGGAGAUAGUGCCUGCUAAUCGGCGAUCUCAGAGUGAACUUUAUAUGCUUCUGAAGCAGCUGGAACAUGCAUUUUCGGACAUGGACAGCAAAAGUACACAGGAACUUGUAGCUCACCUUCACCAUACUGCUGCCUCAGGAUAUAGACUGACAGAAGCCCAGGUGACUAGACUGGCGAAGAGAUUGGCUACAGAAAAACCGUCAACACACCGGCGUGACUUGGCCGAGUUCCUGUUGCACACGGACGUUGAACUGAAGGUUGGUGAGGAUAUCACGACUCUGCUUGACACCGUCAAAGACUAUCCUGACUUGCUCCUCUCAGGAAGAACAGUCGAGAUUCUCCAGUGUGGAAUAGCCGAGGGAUUCGAUAUUUCCGUCAUGGUCUCCGAAUUAGCUCUAAAAAGCUUUGUUCAGCACUUAUUCGACGUCUCCAUCACACUAGACAUCCCGAUGGAAUUGAUAAACCUUCUGUCAAAACAUCACAAGUGGGGUGAGCAUGCCUUGGAAAGACUCGACGUCAUUACCAAACAGCCGAUUAACCACACCUGCCUGAUACGUACGGUGCUUCACACACUCUCUAAACAAGACAAGGCCACACUGUUAUCGAUUGCUCAACUUGAGAACUACUACUUCGAACUUUGUAAGCAGCUUUGGGAAACAGGAACUUGUCCGUCCGAACUGACAAAUUUCAUCAAGCAAGGUGAAGAUAAAGACUACGUUUUAUCCCUUUUGACAGUACUAUAUGACAUCAAUUUCCUUGGUAUACCAGUAAGCAUGGAGAUUUUUUCGAAACAUCCCACGAAUGAAUGGCGAUACAUGCUUCUUGCCUAUGGCCUACAGCAACUCGUGCAGUGCCCUACCGAAACCGAUGAUGACCUUGCAGUCUACACGCGCCAUCUGAGUCGCUUAGCCGAGGUAUUCGGUCCGGACGGACGGGAUAAGAUCUUAUACGUCCUACUUAACGAUACCGAUAUGGACACUUGCGAUCUCAACGACGUUAACGAAAUCCUACAAAUGUGUUUUCAGUCCGGACCUUCUCUCAUUUCAAUUAUCAACGCAUUUGGAGUUGCUCCAAAUCCAUUGGCUGACUUUCUUUUUUCGAAAUUUACCAUAAUUGUCGACAGCUCAUUUCAAUUAUCAACGCAUUUGGAGUUGCUCCAGAUCCAUUGGCUGACUAGCCUGUUGUCAAAAGUUGCGGUCGUAUUUGAACAUGACGAUUUGGUCAGUUUAAACAACCAUACAGCACACAUCGAUCGUCACUUAUUGGACACAGUCAUAGCAAAGAUCAUUCCCGGGACUGAUAUCAAGGAGCUGGUAGGGUUUUUCUCGAAGCUAUACAAAGCCGAUUUGUGUGAAGCUGACAAAGAAGAACUACUGAAAAACCUUCCUUGUGAUACACAAAUCGUUAAUUGGUACACAUUGAUGUAUGUCGACAUAGUUGACGAGAUAAUGUCAGCGCAUUUGCACAACUAUGAAGCCCUCAUUCAUUCGGAAAGAUCGAUUCCGCAAGUGUUGUGUAAGAAUGCUUACACUGAGAGUGAGGACCCAGACUACUGGUACACGGCAGACGAUAUUGUGACCAUAGGUGAAGCAUGGAUGACGGCAGACUCCCACCACAGUUGUCACAUCAUCUGGGGUGUGGAUUUGAAUGAGCAAGCGGCAGAAGAGACCAGUCGACUUGCCGAAAUCUUAGAUUUGUACAACCGAUCCAGACAACCGACCAUAAUCGUUCUAAAUUUUGCGCAGCUGCACUGGGUUGUUGUCGCCUGUUACCCCGAAGGAGCGAAAACCGUUGUUCUCUACAAGGACUCUAUGGGCGAACAGAACUGUGUGGCAGAACGCGAAAAAGUACAAAGUCUCUUCGAAACAUGCAUCGAGCAAACGGAAUUCCACUAUCAUCCGGAAAAAGAGCAACAGGACAAUUCAAGUUGUGGCAUCUUUGUUUUGUCGAAUAUGAAGAUUUUAGCCAGGCACAUGGAGCAAAAGCAACCAGACAGAAUGUUUGAAACGCUUUGUUUUACCAAACAGACCGAUGUGAAGCAACUUCGAACAGUCGAAUUCCCCAAAUGGUAUGCCUGGACAGUUGCGCGGAAAUACUGGAAAGAGCAUUUGCGUGAGAUGCAUCACUGCGAGCUGGAUGCUGUUAGGCGAGAGUUGGCAGCGGUGUGGGGAGACGGUGUCACCAUUGGUUUGGACGGAGAUGUAAAAAAUGAAGUCGAAUCGGAUAUUGCUCUGUCAAUACACUUUCCUGAACAGGAACUGUUUUUCAACGAGUCCUACAGAUAUUUCUAUAAAGUCCGUAUAAAGCGGCCACCCAGUGAUGUACUGCAAAACAGCGUUUACGAAACAAUGUUGAUCAUGUUUGGCGAGCCAAGUGUUGUUCCCGAUCCCCCGGAUGGUUUUCUAAUCAACGCUCGUGAAGCCAAUUUUCUGAAUGGUCGCAGUUCAGUGACACAGCCCGCUAAGUCCCUUCACUUCCUCUCCGGAUCGCAGCAAAGGGAAGUUCUACGGAUUCUAGGUGUACCAUACACCUACCUGGAAAGACAGAAGCUGCUGAGGACACUCGGUAUUGCAGUCGCAGAGAGAAAUUUCCCAAACGAAGGUCAGGAUACUCUCAUCACCGAUGAAUUGAUGGUACGCGAUCUUCGAGACAGGUUUAUACAGCUCAUGUUGUUGGGUUGGAGUCAAAACUCUAUUGAACAUUUGCUCAAAUUGUUGCUACACCUAUGUCCGCAAGACUUGCGAGCAUUUAUCAACACGCUGGAUAUCGUCUGUGAAUACCGACUCCGGGAAUAUGACAGAAACCGAGCAGGGAGAAGCCUCAUCUCAUUCUUGAAUCAACCGUCCAAUGCCGUGCUGGAGAGCGAAGUUCACCAGCUGGCCAUUGACUGUAGAUUCCCAGGAACUGCAGACAAGACAGUAACUGAAAUAGUCCACGAACUAGUUCAACAAAACAAAGGUUUUGAGACCGAGUGUUUGAGCGAACAACAUCUGCUAGGCAACCACGAACGGAUCUUGCGUGCGUACUGUGAUAGUUCCCUAUUGGUUCCAGAGUUGAAUUCAAUAAGACAUUGGAAACGAGACAGCGUGCAAAACUGGGCUAGGAAAUUCAAACAACAAGACAAUGCACGUCAUCCGGACUUUGUUUAUGAAAUGAUUGCGGUGUUGAAGAGAGCAGUUGAGCUAUCGAGUCAGUUUACACCUAGGGAUGUGCAGCUAGUCGCUCUGUGGUGUUUGCUGAAUCCACAACCUCACCAAGGCAGACUAUUACAGGUGGACACAGGAGAAGGGAAAACCACGAUCGUAGCCAUGUUUGCGGCAGCCAAGGCAUUACAAGGUCACAAGGUGGACAUUGUUACCAGUUCUGCCGAACUGGCCGUACCACAAUCGGAACAGCAAAAAGAAUUCUAUUCAUUGUUUGGUCUUACAGUCGGUCAUAAUUCCCGGAAAAAGGUCAGGGACGAGUCAACGUUUUUCGAAUGUUACAAAAAUGACAUAGUGUAUGGUGCCGCAGAGGAUUUUCAAGCCGAUAUACUUCGUCAAGAAUUUAGUCGCAUCACCACACGCGAUACUCGUAGCUGUGAUGUCGUGAUUGUCGAUGAGGUGGACAGUAUGCUGAUUGACGGGAGGAAUAGUCUGGUACGUCUUAGCUCGACAAUGCCUGCGAUGAACUAUUUGGAACCCAUACUAGCGGUUAUCUGGUUGCAUAUUGAACAGGUGGGCAAUGGGAUUGUGGUGCAAGAUGGCGAAACGUUCUACAGACACAUCAAGCAGGUUGCACCUGCGGACGAGAACAUGGUUGGGAAAGCAGAUCCACCGGAAAUCGAAUGGAUCCCGAUAACUGUAUCAAAGUCGGAAUUCCUCAAGCAAACCACAGUGGAUCAUGUCCGAAAACUGCUUCGUUUUGAGGUCGAUGUGCCGGAAGACUACCCAGAACUGAAAGUCCCAAAUCACCUGAGACUACUGGUUUCCGAGUAUCAAUUAUCCAGGUGGGUGGAUAGCGCUAUCAGUGCCAAAUACCGGUACGAAAACGGAAAACAUUAUAUUCUUAGAGAUGGAAAAAUCGCAAUUGUGGACGCUGCCAACACGGGUGUCGUACAUUCCAGCAUGCAUUGGAGUGAUGGCCUGCACCAAUUCCUUCAAAUGAAACAUGGCGCUAAGCUAAGUCCGGAAACCUUGACAUCCAAUUAUUUGUCUAAUGUCACUUAUUUUCAGCGGUACGGAGAGUCGAUUUUCGGUCUGACUGGCACCUUGGGCAGCUGUGCAGCCCAAGAGAUGUUGCAAACAACUUACAAUGUGGACUGUGUAAACAUACCGCCGUUCAGAGAGAAACAACACUACGGGCUAGUUCCGCGAGUCGUCGACAACGAAGACGAGUGGUACGCAAGUAUAAGCGCUAGCUGUUUGAACAAAUUGCGGAACAAUCGAGGAGUUCUGAUCAUCACUCAGUACAUCGAAACAUGUCGUAAGCUAGGGCGGCUUUUUCAGCAGCUUGGAUACAUCGAAACAUGUCGUAAGCUAGAGCAGCACUUUCAGCAGCUUGGAGUAAAUCCGAAGAAGAUCAAAGUCUACGCGUCCGGAGAUGAUUCAUACGUCAUUGAUGAUGAGUUAGACUGUGGUGAGGUGAUCAUCGCGACCAACAUCGCUGGGCGGGGCGCAGAUAUCAAGCCAACGAAAGAAGUUGAGAGAAAUGGGGGUAUGCAUGUAUGUAUAACAUUUCUACCGCAAAAUGAACGCGUCGAGCGGCAGAAUAUCGGCCGAACAUCGAGGACCGGUAACAAGGGUACCAGUCAGUUCAUUAUCCAACAUUCUGAUUCGGCUAGCAUUGAGUGGCUCCGGACUCACCGAGAUCGAUUGCAAAUGGCAGUGCUCGUCAGUGCCGUUUCCGAAAUCCGUUCCAUUGUUAUGCGAGACAAGCUGUUCAGAGAAUUUUGUCUUUUACUACACGAAUUCGAGGAUAAGUUUGAAGCGAAAGCCACUGAAGAACGGUUUGCUAUCUGGCUGAAGAUGCAACAAGAUUUAAUUGAAAACAAUGACACGAAAAACGUAGCCUCCAGAUUUAGGGCGUUUGUAGAGCAAAUCCGCGAUGACCAGAGAAUGAACUGCCUGAUCAGAAAUCCGUAUUUCUACACACUUCGAGGAAACCAACUCUUACAAAGUGGCGACUACGUGAAAGCUCAUCUUGAGUAUGACAAAGCCGUAGAACUUGACCGGGAAUAUUCGGAAACCGCCCAUUACAACCGGGCCUAUGUGAGACUGUAUCGCUGUGGUGGUGUCAUAAUCCACAAUGAAGACAAAAUCCAAGACGCGAUAGAGGACCUGAAGCAGGCCAGAAACCUGAUCAACAGGCGUUUAGAUGAUUUGAAUCUUGUUGGUUUCAUCUCGCAUUCCAAAGUUUUAGCCCAACAAAUAGUCCACAAACGCAACAUCUUUGGUGUAAUGCUGAACGCUAUCGAAGCCGCCAUUGGACCAAAGGACGACCUCAUUGAAGGGUCAAUCGGCCAUGCCUUAAAAAAUAAGGAUAACGAAUUGAAAACAGAAUUAGUACCCCUUCUGGAUGCUCUGAGUGAGAACAAUGACAUUCAUCUUUUGAAUGAAGAGCUCCAGGAGUUUACUGAGACCGGUUACUUUGGCGUAUUCCAUGUUUCUGUACUGCCUCCCAUUCCUUGGGGGUCCGUGAUCGGCAUGUCAGUUAUUGGAUUGACUCAAAUCCUGAUUGGAGCUUCCCUAGCUGUUUUCUCUCUUGGCCUAGGGUCAAGUAUCGGUCUGGGCCUCAUCGCCGAGGGAGUGGGCGAUCUUAUCACAGCCGUAAAAUCUGGCAUCAUCGGUCGAAAUAUCGAUUGGAAAGCGUGGGGAGUACAGAAAACAGUCUCCCUAGUUGUAACGGUUGUUUGUGCUGGAGUUGGUGCGGCUCUCGAUGCCGCCAUGACACUUGGAGCUGCAGGAACACAGGUGCUGCGUGCGGCAGCACAAGGAGUCAAAAUCACAAAGUGCACUGCGUCUUGUUUUGGCACAGCCUUAAAAGCUGUCGGUGCUGGUUUGGCCAAAGGAGUGGUGAGGGAACUCGUCGCCAACAUAGCUAAUUACGGUCUCACCAAGAUGAUUGUGCCAGAGAUCCGCAAGAUGCUGGAUUCUCACAUCAAACCAUGGGUAGAAAAAAACAUCUUGAAAAAUUCCAUGGUUGCGUAUCUUUUGGAGUUGGAUUUCAAAAACGGCACCAAUGAAUUUUGCACGAAAAUCAAACAAACCAUUUUGGAAUUGCUCACACCCGAACAAGGUACCGCGAGUGUUUUUUAUGAAAUAGGUCAAGGUCGAGUGCCUCAGGAACAAGUAAAUUUGGAACAGAAAUCUGGAAAACCACGCUUGUCAGAGUUACAACAAUCUUUGUCAGACAUCAUCACCGAUAGUAUGUCCACUGUCAUUUCGGACAAAGUUCUGUCACCUCUAGUUGACUACGGUUUGAUGAAAGGUGUUAACAAGGGCUUCUCAAAGUGGGAUAAAAGUAUACAAGCUGAAAUCGAGCAUCACAAACAACGGAGGCGGAUUGUCCUCGGAAAAGACCCUCGUUUUGCCAAACGGAUCCAAAAGAUUUAUGCAGACCACGAACUUUGCCUAGCUGAUAUGCAGCAAGCUGCGGAAUUUAUCGGUCAACAGGGAGCAGGCGGCGAGGCAAAUUUGGUCGCACUGUGUUACGCGGCCGAUCUACUCGGUAGACCCAUCAAACUGAUCGACAAAAAUGGAAAUACCAUUCACAAUAUUCGGAGUGGAGCCACGGGAGAACCAAUGGUUAUACAGUACAACAAAGAGGAAAAGCAUUUUUGCCUGCCAGGAAACAAAGACCCCAUUUUGACGAGUAAGUCGGGACGGGACGGAGAUAACAAUUGCCUGUACAACGUGCUCGCAGACCACACUGGUCUUGAGGCGAAUGAGAUUCGUAUGAAAGUCGCGCAGGCCAUGUCCCAGAACUGGGGUACGCUGGUGCAUCAAGUUAGGGACUAUCAUGCACUGGCCAGCUACAACAAAAGUGCUCAACUUAGUGGAGGUCGACGGCCUCACAAGAGGCGACCACCUAAACCACUGGAGCAGGACAGUUAUGGAUUUUACGACGACCAGGUUGUCAAAUGUGAAAGUUUGCUUCCAAUGUUGAAUAAGAUGGCCAUCGAAAUGGACGGUUCACUACGUGACUACUUGGAGUUUGAAAAAAAGAGCUCACGCGCCAAGAACAAAUUCACCGAUCAUGCUGGUUUCUCCCCUCAGUUUACCAGAGGCCAAAAACCUGAAACGAACGGUAUUAUGCUAGGAGCCAUUGAGGUAAAGUUCACCAAUGGAGAGACACUAAAGCUGCUCACUCUUGCUGGCCAAAAUCCACUCAUCGUUGCUCAGCUAAAAGACGGGACAACAAAAGAGUUUUCCUUCUCACACAAUGGCUUCAAAUUGGCUCAUCCAAAGGGUGAUAUCGUGGGAUCUAAUGCAUUCCAACCAUUCGACCGAAAAACACUAGGUUGCGCGAAAUUUAACACACGCUGUGCCGCUCAGAAAUUGAUAUUCAUGUUGGGUGAGCACAUGAAAGCGAAUCCACACUUGAAGAUUGAGGGAAAAAUUCAAAUGGCAGAAGGCUGGUACAGUUUCCACCCGAAGGAUAGAGAAAGGCUGUACAAGAUGAGCAAUCCGAAACAGUACAAAAGACAGUAUAAAAAUUUAGACAAGAAAAAGGGCCAGAGAUCCAAAAGGCCACUUUUGAUCACGUCGCAUGCUGAAAAACCAUGCACAGAGUGUGACAGUUUGGGCAGACAAACGUCAAAAAACAAGAACCUGCAUGGCGUACUGAAUCGCGCGCUGACAGUGGGUAUACUUUUCAGAGCGCAGAGACAGGUAUCCUUUGCACUCAUGAGCUGUCGAAGAAUUUUCAGCAACCUCAUGAGUAAUGCAUUACGAAUAUACAUGUAUCGAGAUAUCUCGUAUAUCGUAGUGACUGAAAACAUGAGGCGUCCUGGUGCAGCACAUUCAGUUGCCCGGACAUAUGACGAACGAGAGAUUCAGCUAGGUUCCAUGUGGGUUGAAAACAGACUGAUCCCCAGCUUCAAAGGAAGCAAGUUGGUGGCGACUUUCGACUACGAGGAUUAUAUUCUUAGAGAUGGAAAAAUCGCAAUUGUGGACGCUGCCAACACGGGUGUCGUACAUUCCAGCAUGCAUUGGAGUGAUGGCCUGCACCAAUUCCUUCAAAUGAAACAUGGCGCUAAGCUAAGUCCGGAAACCUUGACAUCCAAUUAUUUGUCUAAUGUCACUUAUUUUCAGCGGUACGGAGAGUCGAUUUUCGGUCUGACUGGCACCUUGGGCAGCUGUGCAGCCCAAGAGAUGUUGCAAACAACUUACAAUGUGGACUGUGUAAACAUACCGCCGUUCAGAGAGAAACAACACUACGGGCUAGUUCCGCGAGUCGUCGACAACGAAGACGAGUGGUACGCAAGUAUAAGCGCUAGCUGUUUGAACAAAUUGCGGAACAAUCGAGGAGUUCUGAUCAUCACUCAGUACAUCGAAACAUGUCGUAAGCUAGAGCAGCAUUUUCAGCAGCUCGGAGUAAAUCCGAAGAAGAUCAAAGUCUACGCGUCCGGAGAUGAUUCAUACGUCAUUGAUGAUGAGUUAGACUGUGGUGAGGUGAUCAUCGCGACCAACAUCGCUGGGCGGGGCGCAGAUAUCAAGCCAACGAAAGAAGUUGAGAGAAAUGGGGGUAUGCAUGUAUGUAUAACAUUUCUACCGCAAAAUGAACGCGUCGAGCGGCAGAAUAUCGGCCGAACAUCGAGGACCGGUAACAAGGGUACCAGUCAGUUCAUUAUCCAACAUUCUGAUUCGGCUAGCAUUGAGUGGCUCCGGACUCACCGAGAUCGAUUGCAAAUGGCAGUGCUCGUCAGUGCCGUUUCCGAAAUCCGUUCCAUUGUUAUGCGAGACAAGCUGUUCAGAGAAUUUUGUCUUUUACUACACGAAUUCGAGGAUAAGUUUGAAGCGAAAGCCACUGAAGAACGGUUUGCUAUCUGGCUGAAGAUGCAACAAGACUUAAUUGAAAACAAUGACACGAAAAACGUAGCCUCCAGAUUUAGGGCGUUUGUAGAGCAAAUCCGCGAUGACCAGAGAAUGAACUGCCUGAUCAGAAAUCCGUAUUUCUACACACUUCGAGGAAACCAACUCUUACAAAGUGGCGACUACGUGAAAGCUCAUCUUGAGUAUGACAAAGCCGUAGAACUUGACCGGGAAUAUUCGGAAACCGCCCAUUACAACCGGGCCUAUGUGAGACUGUAUCGCUGUGGUGGUGUCAUAAUCCACAAUGAAGACAAAAUCCAAGACGCGAUAGAGGACCUGAAGCAGGCCAGAAACCUGAUCAACAGGCGUUUAGAUGAUUUGAAUCUUGUUGGUUUCAUCUCGCAUUCCAAAGUUUUAGCCCAACAAAUAGUCCACAAACGCAACAUCUUUGGUGUAAUGUUGAACGCUAUCGAAGCCGCCAUUGGACCAAAGGACGACCUCAUUGAAGGGUCAAUCGGCCAUGCCUUAAAAAAUAAGGAUAACGAAUUGAAAACAGAAUUAGUACCCCUUCUGGAUGCUCUGAGUGAGAACAAUGACAUUCAUCUUUUGAACGAAGAGCUCCAGGAGUUUACUGAGACCGGUUACUUUGGCGUAUUCCAUGUUUCUGUACUGCCUCCCAUUCCUUGGGGGUCCGUGAUCGGCAUGUCAGUUAUUGGAUUGACUCAAAUCCUGAUUGGAGCUUCCCUAGCUGUUUUCUCUCUUGGCCUAGGGUCAAGUAUCGGUCUGGGCCUCAUCGCCGAGGGAGUGGGCGAUCUUAUCACAGCCGUAAAAUCUGGCAUCAUCGGUCGAAAUAUCGAUUGGAAAGCGUGGGGAGUACAGAAAACAGUCUCCCUAGUUGUAACGGUUGUUUGUGCUGGAGUUGGUGCGGCUCUCGAUGCCGCCAUGACACUUGGAGCUGCAGGAACACAGGUGCUGCGUGCGGCAGCACAAGGAGUCAAAAUCACAAAGUGCACUGCGUCUUGUUUUGGCACAGCCUUAAAAGCUGUCGGUGCUGGUUUGGCCAAAGGAGUGGUGAGGGAACUCGUCGCCAACAUAGCUAAUUACGGUCUCACCAAGAUGAUUGUGCCAGAGAUCCGCAAGAUGCUGGAUUCUCACAUCAAACCAUGGGUAGAAAAAAACAUCUUGAAAAAUUCCAUGGUUGCGUAUCUUUUGGAGUUGGAUUUCAAAAACGGCACCAAUGAAUUUUGCACGAAAAUCAAACAAACCAUUUUGGAAUUGCUCACACCCGAACAAGGUACCGCGAGUGUUUUUUAUGAAAUAGGUCAAGAAGAAAGACCCACUGCUCAAACUUGCAUUGAAUAUACCGGCGUUGAUUUUCCCGCGGACGACAUUGAUUUAAACAAAGGUCGAGUGCCUCAGGAACAAGUAAAUUUGGAACAGAAAUCUGGAAAACCACGCUUGUCAGAGUUACAACAAUCUUUGUCAGACAUCAUCACCGAUAGUAUGUCCACUGUCAUUUCGGACAAAGUUCUGUCACCUCUAGUUGACUACGGUUUGAUGAAAGGUGUUAACAAGGGCUUCUCAAAGUGGGAUAAAAGUAUACAAGCUGAAAUCGAGCAUCACAAACAACGGAGGCGGAUUGUCCUCGGAAAAGACCCUCGUUUUGCCAAACGGAUCCAAAAGAUUUAUGCAGACCACGAACUUUGCCUAGCUGAUAUGCAGCAAGCUGCGGAAUUUAUCGGUCAACAGGGAGCAGGCGGCGAGGCAAAUUUGGUCGCACUGUGUUACGCGGCCGAUCUACUCGGUAGACCCAUCAAACUGAUCGACAAAAAUGGAAAUACCAUUCACAAUAUUCGGAGUGGAGCCACGGGAGAACCAAUGGUUAUACAGUACAACAAAGAGGAAAAGCAUUUUUGCCUGCCAGGAAACAAAGACCCCAUUUUGACGAGUAAGUCGGGACGGGACGGAGAUAACAAUUGCCUGUACAACGUGCUCGCAGACCACACUGGUCUUGAGGCGAAUGAGAUUCGUAUGAAAGUCGCGCAGGCCAUGUCCCAGAACUGGGGUACGCUGGUGCAUCAAGUUAGGGACUAUCAUGCACUGGCCAGCUACAACAAAAGUGCUCAACUUAGUGGAGGUCGACGGCCUCACAAGAGGCGACCACCUAAACCACUGGAGCAGGACAGUUAUGGAUUUUACGACGACCAGGUUGUCAAAUGUGAAAGUUUGCUUCCAAUGUUGAAUAAGAUGGCCAUCGAAAUGGACGGUUCACUACGUGACUACUUGGAGUUUGAAAAAAAGAGCUCACGCGCCAAGAACAAAUUCACCGAUCAUGCUGGUUUCUCCCCUCAGUUUACCAGAGGCCAAAAACCUGAAACGAACGGUAUUAUGCUAGGAGCCAUUGAGGUAAAGUUCACCAAUGGAGAGACACUAAAGCUGCUCACUCUUGCUGGCCAAAAUCCACUCAUCGUUGCUCAGCUAAAAGACGGGACAACAAAAGAGUUUUCCUUCUCACACAAUGGCUUCAAAUUGGCUCAUCCAAAGGGUGAUAUCGUGGGAUCUAAUGCAUUCCAACCAUUCGACCGAAAAACACUAGGUUGCGCGAAAUUUAACACACGCUGUGCCGCUCAGAAAUUGAUAUUCAUGUUGGGUGAGCACAUGAAAGCGAAUCCACACUUGAAGAUUGAGGGAAAAAUUCAAAUGGCAGAAGGCUGGUACAGUUUCCACCCGAAGGAUAGAGAAAGGCUGUACAAGAUGAGCAAUCCGAAACAGUACAAAAGACAGUAUAAAAAUUUAGACAAGAAAAAGGGCCAGAGAUCCAAAAGGCCACUUUUGAUCACGUCGCAUGCUGAAAAACCAUGCACAGAGUGUGACAGUUUGGGCAGACAAACGUCAAAAAACAAGAAGUGA